UCAAAGAGAAUCAUGAAAGUGAAUAAUUCAUUUCAAAUUAACAAUUUUCUUUAACCAGAUUGAUACCAACAAUGAAGAAGAGAUCAAUUCUUCCAUGUAUCUGCAUCAAGCAAAGAGACACUAUAAUCGCCGCCUUCCCCAAGAUGCAAUUCACAACAAUGGUGGAAGAAAAAGAAAACGACGACGAAUACCCACCAUUCAAUUCCUCCAUUAUUCAAGAUAAGGAUCUUCUUCGAAAGAGCGAUUUUACUAACCUGAAGAACACCGGUCUUCGUGUAUUAGACUUGAUUGACAAUGGCUCUCUUCACCCAGACCCUGCGAUUUACCAAAAAUUAUUCCUAACUUGCACCCUCAACGGCCGUCUACGUGAAGGUCGGAUUGUUCAUAACCAUUUUCUCAACUCCCCAUUUAAAAAUUAUUCAAUAAUGCAUAACACAGUCUUGAAUAUGUACUGUAAAUGCGGCAGUUUGGAAGAUGCACACAAAGUGUUCGAUGAAAUGCCUAAAAGAGAUAUGGUUGCUUGGACUUCCUUAAUCACUGGGUAUUCUCAAAACGAUAGACCUCAAAUUGCUCUUUCGUUAUUCCCUCAAAUGAUUCGUCUUGGUUUGAAGCCCAAUCACUUCACUUUUGGUAGUCUUCUUAAGGCUGCAGCAGGUGUGCCUAAUGUUAUUGAUGGAAGACAAGUUCAUGCCUUUUCUUUCAAGUAUGGUUAUUGUUCUGAUAUUUAUGUAGGCAGUUCUCUUGUUGAUAUGUAUGCGAAAUGUGGCUGGCUAGAUGAAGCCCAUUGUAUUUUUCAAUCCAUGAAGAGUAAAAACGAGGUUUCGUGGAAUGCUUUGAUUUCAGGAUAUGCUAGAAAGAACGAAGGAGAAACUGCCAUAUCGAUAUUCAGAACUAUGCAAAGAGAGGAUUUUAAACCGACGAGUUUCACCUAUUCGAGUCUCUUCUCCGCAUGUUCAAGCACUGGAUCACUUGAGCAGGGGAAAUGGGUACAUGCCCACAUGAUAAAAUCAGGCCAGAAACUUAUAGCAUUCGUUGCUAAUACUCUUAUUGACAUGUAUGCUAAAUCGGGUAGCAUUGAGGAUUCGAAGAGAAUUUUCGAUCGUGUCAUUAAACGCGAUUUAGUAUCGUGGAAUACCAUGUUAACUGCGUUUUCCCAACACGGGUUUGGAAUGGAAACAGUUAACUGGUUCGAGAAGAUGAUUGAAAUUGGAAUUGAACCGAACGCUAUAACGUUCUUGUGUGUUCUCACAGCUUGUAGUCAUUCCGGACUUGUGGAGAAAGGGGAACGUUACUUCGAAUUGAUGAAACAAUACGAGAUAGAUCGUGACAUGUCACAUUACGUGACAAUGGUUGAUCUUCUUGGUAGAAAUGGAAAACUUAACCGGGCUGAGCAAUUUAUAAGAGAAAUGCCCAUUAUACCCUCGGCUGCUGUAUGGGGGGCUUUGCUUGGAGCUUGUCGGAUCCAUAAGAAUGCGGAAUUAGGUGUUUAUGCAGCUGAAAGGGUAUUUGAACUUGACCCGUUUGAUUCGGGUCCACAUAUCAUACUUUACAAUAUUUAUGCAUCUGCUGGUAAAUGGGAUGAUGCGGCUAAAGUGAGAAAGGCGAUGAAGGAGAGUGGUUUGAAGAAAGAACCGGCUUGUAGUUGGGUCGAGAUUGAGAAUGUGGUUCAUAUGUUUGUGGCGGGUGAUGAUGCUCAUUCGAGGAAUGAAGAAAUUCGCGCAAAAUGGGAUGAAAUUAGCGUUUUGAUUAAGGAAAUUGGUUAUGUUCCUGAUACAAGCCAUGUGCUUUUGUUUAUCGAUGAGAAGGAAAGGGAAAUGAAGCUUCGAAACCAUAGUGAGAAAAUGGCUCUUUCUUUUUCGCUUCUUCAUACGCCUCCUGGCUCUACGAUCAGAAUCAAGAAGAAUAUUAGAGUGUGUGGCGAUUGUCACUCGGCCUUCAAGUUUGUAUCUAGGGUUGUUGGAAGAGAAAUAAUAUUGAGGGAUACAAACAGAUUUCAUCAUUUUCGUGACGGUUCUUGUUCUUGUAAAGACUAUUGGUAGCGAUGAAUUGUUCUUCUUUCAUGAUGAUGAUUUUGAACCUUUGUGAUUAUUGAAGAUGUUGCAGUUGUGCCAUGUCAUUAAGGCAAUGAUGACUCAACCGCUGCCAAGUCAGCAGUUGAAGCUGACUCAGCAAUGCUGAAGAAAUUCCACAGCUUCAGCAAGACUUACAGAAGAAUUGGAACCAAUAACCAAGAUGCAAAAGAAAGAAGAUAAACACAAAGGUGAUCAGCUUUUUUGUAUUCUCAUGUCGAGAAUCGAACACGAGACUUUUAAUCUUUGCGGAAAAACUUAGUCCAAAUCACAGGUUUUGUAAAUUAUUAGUUUGUCAACAAUCACUAUUCCAUUGAUUUUUUUAUGGUUCAUGAAUCAAUUUAUGGUCUGUUUUUUUAUUUAUUUA